CCAUCCAAUGAGACAACCCUACAUGGACUCUGUCUCCUUGAGAUGGAAGAAAACAGGACUUUAAGACGCUUCGAAAAUUGUUGCAUUUCUAGCUACCUUCGCCACCAAAAAGGGCAUCUUCUUCCGGGAUGAAAUCUGACGUUUCAAGUGAGAGAUAAGACUAUGUUGUACCGGAGUCAGCCUUUACUUGUACCGAUCUCUAUCCGUUCUUGAAGCCUAUGAACUGGAAACUGAAACCCAGAAAGAGGCACGGGGACACCCUGCGGGGAAAGCAACGUGUGCUGGAGCCCGGAUUCUGGGCUCCAUAGCCCUUGGUGCCACACGUAGAAAGGAGCCCUGGAGAGGUCACGCAGCUUUCCCCGAGAUGUGACCUGAGCUGAUUGCCCAUGAGCGCUCCCGGGACCCCAGCACCGGGUCUCCCGGAACUCCCGGAACUCCCGCGGUUGCUGCUCCCGCUGCUGCUGCUGCUGCUGCUGCUGUUGGCCGCUUCAGGACGCGCAGCUCCUUGUGUCUCUGGCGGUUUGCCUAAACCUACAAAUAUCACCUUCUUGUCUAUCAACAUGAAGAAUGUCCUGCAUUGGAAUCCACCCGAGGGUCAACACGGAGCUGAAGUCACAUACACUGUGCAGUAUUUCAUAUACGGGCAGAAGGAAUGGCUGAGUGUAUCUGAAUGCAGCAGCAUCAGCAGGACCUACUGCGAUCUUUCUGCUGAGACCUCAGACUACGAGCACCAGUACUAUGCCAAGGUGCAGGCCAUUCGGGAAACCAAGUGUUCGGAAUGGGCUGAAACAGGACGGUUCUUUCCUUUCUUAGAAACACAAAUUGGCCCACCAGAGGUUGGCCUGAAAAUGGGCGAGAAGUCCAUCUCCAUUGUCCUGACGGCACCGGAGAAGUGGAAAAUAAAUCCCGAAGAUGACCCUGUCUCUAUGCAACAGAUAUACUCCACUCUGAAGUACAACGUGUCUGUGUAUAACACUAAAUCGAGAAUGUGGUACAUCACCAACAGCACGCUGGAGUUCACCUGGCUGGAGCCGAGCACUCAGUACUGCAUCCAUGUGGAGUCUUUUGUCCCAGGGCUCCCUCGCGUCCCUCUACCUUCUCAGAAACGAUGCUUCAGUACUUUGGAAGAUCGAAUGUCAGCAUUGAAGUCUAAAGUCAUCUUCUGGUAUGUCUUGCCCACGUCUGUCAUCAUCUUUCUUCUCUCUGUGAUUGGCUACUCAGUUUACCGUUACAUCCACGCUGGCAAAGAAAAGCACCCGUCGAAUUUGGUUUUGAUUUACGGAAAUGAAAUUGAAAGGUUCUUUGAACCUACUGAAACAAUUACACUCAGUUUUAUCGCCCUCAAUGUGUUGGAUGAUUCUAAACGUUCUCAAAAGGAUAUGAGACGCAGUGAUAGUUCCAGCCUGAAUGACCUUGAGCUCUGUGGGAGCCGGGAGCCCCAUCUGGAGGAGAUGGAGGGACCACACUUGGGAUACUCUUCGUAUUUGAUGGACAAUGUCUAUGGUGUUGAGCGAGGCGACAGAAAUGCUUGCCUAAUCCAGCGUGAAUGGCUUAGUGGCACCAUGCCCACACCGGAGGCAGACACGAAGCCCGAAUACAGUGUCCCAACUGAUUUCUACAGGGAGGCCAAAGACCACCAGUUCUGCGGGCAGGAAGAGGCAUCCAGCACAGGGAAGUUACCUGAGCUACAGGCAGCUUUAGCAAACGUAGGUCCACCUCUUGAAGACCUACGUCACCUGGGACAGGAGCAUCCUGGCUCAGAAGAGGGGCCAGGGGAAGAGUCAUCUACCACACUGGUGGACUGGGACCCUCACACUGGCAGGCUGUGCAUCCCUACUUUACCUAGCUUUGGCCAGGAGCCUGUGGAAUACCGACGUUACGAGAGAGACCGGCUCGCAGAGGGUGGCCUUUUGUCUAGAUUCUAUGAGAGCCAGGCACCUGACAAGCCAGAGGACGAGCAUAAAAACUAUUUCGUGCAAUUUGUGGAGGAAUGGGGGUUGAGUGUACGAAUGGAAAGCUAACCCCAGACUUUCUGUUGGCUGACUUCUUAAGUGAUGGGAUAUGUGCCUGUCAGCAAAUGAAUGAACCAAGUCAGGGGGUGAACCGCGGAAAUGAAUAGGUCAACCUGUCUGUGUUCAGUUUCCCCAGCAUUAGACAUGACUGUCUUCUUUCUCUUUAUGCACUUAGUCAGUCCUGACGCCUCCAGAUGGCUGACUUCUAUGGGACCAUCUUCCCAAUCCACAGCAAAUCCUGGAGUACAAGGAACUUUCUGGAAUGCAGAGCCCUGAGCUUUAAUGUAGACAGAGUAAGCAUUUCCAGGUUGGAUGGGGAGUGUGUACCAUGGUCAAGGUUUCCUACUUUCUAGCAAGUAUGCCUGUGCAGUUAUUUUCUGAAUUUUUACCAUAUGUGUUAAACUAUCCGAAUGUUUCAUAAAAUUCGCUUAUUUUAUAAA